CUCGUCGUUUUCGUCGGUGUCCUCGCGCGCGCUGAGGUGUGCUUCAUGGCGGUGGCUGUGACUACGACUCUGUUUUGAACUGUAAAAGCUCUCCCAAUUUAUUAUCUCCCCACGGGUAACGGGCGUCAGGACACCCCAGCGAAGAGCAGGUGCUAGAGCGUAUCUCUUGACUGUACUAUAAUUCCAAAGCCAAUGGCAGAACUAAUUGGGUUCAAACCUCCUUAAGGGGGCAGUGCACCACUCUGGAGUUCAUAAGAGCAAAGGGAGGUGAGGCUCUGAUGAUGGAGAAUGGACAGAGCACAGCCUCGAAACUUGGCCUGCCGCCUCUCACCCCCGAGCAGCAAGAGGCCCUGCAGAAGGCAAAGAAGUAUGCCAUGGAGCAGAGCAUAAAGAGUGUACUGGUGAAACAGACACUUGCUCACCAGCAGCAGCAGCUUACUAGCCUGCAGAUGGCAUCUCUGACGAUGAGCUUUGGAGAUCCUCUGUCACCCUUACAAUCGGUGGCUGCUCAACGGCAGCGUGCUCUGGCCAUCAUGUGCCGGGUAUACGUGGGAUCCAUCUACUACGAGCUUGGUGAGGACACCAUUCGACAGGCUUUUGCUCCCUUUGGUCCCAUAAAGAGCAUUGACAUGUCCUGGGACUCAGUUACAAUGAAGCACAAGGGGUUUGCCUUUGUGGAGUACGAAGUGCCGGAGGCAGCACAGCUGGCUCUGGAGCAGAUGAACUCAGUCAUGCUGGGGGGGAGAAACAUCAAGGUGGGGCGGCCAAGCAACAUUGGUCAGGCACAGCCAAUCAUUGACCAGCUGGCUGAGGAGGCCCGUGCUUUCAACCGCAUUUAUGUGGCAUCUGUACACCCCGACCUGUCUGAUGAAGACAUCAAGAGCGUCUUUGAGGCUUUUGGGCGAAUCAAGUCCUGCACUCUGGCUAGGGACCCCACCACGGGCAAGCACAAGGGCUACGGGUUCAUUGAGUAUGACAAGGCUCAGUCUGCUCAGGAUGCAGUCUCCUCCAUGAACUUGUUUGACCUUGGAGGACAGUACCUACGGGUGGGGAAGGCUGUGACUCCACCCAUGCCUCUCCUCACCCCUGCUACCCCCGGGGGGUUACCCCCUGCUGCUGCAGUGGCAGCAGCUGCUGCUACUGCGAAAAUCACUGCCCAGUGGAGGUCCGCAGGAGGCGCUGCACUGCGAGUACUCAGCCUUCAGGAAACACAGCCAUUGGACAUCCUGCUGGAGGCCGUAGCAGGAGCCUCGGUACUGGGAGCAUUAGCUGCACCUGCCCUCACCCUCAGCCAACAGCUGGGGGCACUCCCUCAGGCUGUCAUGGCUGCUCAGGCACCGGGUGUCAUCACAGGGGUGACCCCGGCACGGCCAGCACUUCCCGUGCUGCCCCAGGUGGGGCUAGUGAACCCGGUUCUGGCCUCCCCACCAGUGCUGUCUGCUGCUGCGGUGGCAGCCGCCCAGGAGGCUAAGAAGGAGAAGGAAGAAGAAGAAGCGUCACAGGAUGGUACUGGACAGGAAAUGCUCAGUGAGCAGGAACAUAUGAGCAUCUCAGGCAGCAGUGCCAGACACAUGGUCAUGCAGAAGUUGCUGCGGAAACAGGAGUCAACGGUCAUGGUUCUGCGGAACAUGGUGGGCCCAGAGGAUAUUGAUGACGACCUGGAGGGUGAGGUGACCGAGGAAUGUGGCAAGUUUGGUGCAGUCAACCGCGUCAUCAUCUACCAGGAGAAGCAGGGAGAAGAGGAAGACGCGGAGGUCAUUGUGAAAAUCUUUGUGGAGUUCUCCAUGGCCUCUGAGAUGAACAAGGCUAUCCAGGCACUCAACAACCGCUGGUUUGGUGGUCGUAAGGUCAUUGCGGAGGUGUAUGAUCAAGAGCGUUUUGACAACAGUGACCUGUCUGCAUAGACUUUCAAGAAUUCCCCCUCACCUCUCACACAGCUGCCACCACUGCUUCUGGUGAUGUUGGCAUCUUUUUAACUUGUAAUUAUUUUUUUAUUCAUGUUGAUAUUAAUAUUAUUAAUCCCUUUUAGGGAUAACAGGAGAAAACAAGUAGUAGGUUUUUUUUUUAUUCUUUCACCUAAUGUGAAAGAUUGGAUAUUAGUUUUUGUAUUGCUCCCCCCCCCCCCCCCCCCCAUAGCUGUAGUUUGUCAUUUGUUUACUCCCUUGUGUCCCCUCCCCCCCUUUUCACGACUGCCAAAGUUUGUUCUUCUAAGGACUCCUACAUCUUACUAGUUAUUGGUGUUAGUUGCCCAGAAAAAAUAAAUUCUUCAAAUGAAACCUU